AUGGCUGGCACAGCUGAUGACAGGGCAGACUUCGGCGACUAUGUGAAAAAUUGGGACGAGGAGACUGACCUCGAAGUGCUCGUCGAGCCAAAAAUACUCAAUGAGAGAUACCUGGUUGAACAUAAACUGGGUUUUGGCGGUGGCUCUACUGUGUGGAUGGCCCGUGACCUUCGGGAUAAGAAGGAUGUAGCCCUCAAAGUCAUGGCUUUAGGGGAAUGGAGUGACAACGAAGCCCGCAUGCAGGAUGAAAUCAUUCAGAACGUCCAGGAUACCUCUCACCUUAUGACAUAUCUCGGCACUUUUCUGGUCCCUGGAAACCAGUGUCAUCAUAGGGUGCUAGUGUUCCCCUUGAUGGGUCCAUGCCUUAACACUCUUAUGUUGAGCAAGAGCAAGAUAUCUAUGGCCACUCGUAUGUCCGCCGCUCGGCAGUUGCUAGAGGUGCUGGAAAACCUACACAAUGCUGGAAUUGUACAUCGCGAUUUGAAUGAGAGAAACUGUAUGUGGGGGAUGGCGCCUCUCAAUCACGAUAGGGGUGCUAAAUAUGAAGCGCUUGGGCGGCCAAUUAAGCAAAUCAUACAAUGGGUCGAGCUUUGGAAGCAAGGAGAGCUUGUUGGGCCCGUCGAAAUUCCCGAGAACUUACGCACAGAUGAAUUCUAUCUCGGUGACUUCGCUCUGGCGAAGAAACUUGGUGACCCUAUAACUCAACCUGGGCGUCCGCCUUCGCAACUCUGCUCCCCAGAUCGCCUUCAUGGGAAAGAGCCAAGUUUUGCCUGCGAUAUGUGGAGUUAUAUGAUUAUCUUCGCCGUGCUUUACCUUGGAUUUGCGCCUUUCCAUAGUGCCUUCAAGGGUGGAGUAAUAACCAGUAUCACCGAAACUUUAGGACCACUACCUAAGGAGUGGAAGGGCCUUUAUGAUGGAGCCCUUGAUUCUUGGUACGAUCAGGAUCAAACGCCUGAUCCAAAACACGACCUUGCAUCAAAAAUUGUAUACUAUCGCCCUGACGCUGAUCCAGUUGAGCUACAACUUGUGCACGCUAUGAUGUCUAAAAGGAACGUCUGA